CCGCGAAAACCCAAGAACCACCCACUACCACACAUCGAAACGCCACCGUUUACCUUGUAAAAUAAACCACAAUUCCGUCACGAAACAUUUUAUUUUCUUCCCUCAUACGGAAAAUCCAAAAAAACUUGUUCCCCAUAUCCUUGAAAAAAAUUGAAAAGCCCCAGCACCAUCCCUAUACCAUCUCUUCUUCUUCUUGCAUUUAAAUAAUCCACAAAGAACAGCAAUUUGCAUACAUUCUUCCCCAAAAAAAUAAUCAGAAAACUUUCCGUAAAUUCCACACUAUCAAAUAUCAAUCAAUCCCUCUACUGUACUAUAUAUAUAUUUUAUUACAUAUAAUAUAUAUAGAUUAGCUUCAAGAUUACUUCAGCCUAACUCAGGGAAAAAAAGCAAUUCUAUCCUGAACGUUAUUAAUUAGUAUUUCUUCUUCUUCUUCUUCUUCACCUCCUCAAUAAUUCACUCAAUCCCUUGUUCCAACUCAGCAAGCGAGAAGAAACUUAAUCCGUCGUAAUCCACUACUAUAAAAAUCCAUGGCUUCUAUAACACCAAUUUCACAAGCGAAACCCAUCUGUAAGGCACCUGGGUUUGGAGUGCUUAAAGCGACAAAGCUUCAAUCUUUGGUGAAUCCCACCUGGGAUUUUUCACAAAGUUCGAGAGUUUUGAUCCAAAGAUCGAGGAUGGUUUUGGUGGCUUCCGCUAGUGCGUCUGCUAGUAGUAGUACUGCUGAGAAGCAGAAGAAAAGGUAUCCGGGUGAGGCGAAGGGGUUUGUGGAGGAGAUGAGGUUUGUGGCUAUGAAGUUGCACACUAGGGAUCAAGCUAAAGAGGGUGAGAAGGAGCCACAAGGGCAGCCUGUUGCUAAAUGGGAACCCAGUAUUGAUGGGUACUUGAAGUUUUUGGUGGAUAGCAAAUUAGUUUAUGAUACAUUGGAGAAGAUUGUGGAGAACCCCACUUUUCCCGAAUAUGCAGAGUUCAGGAAUACUGGAUUGGAAAGGUCGGAAAGACUUGCAAAAGAUUUGGAAUGGUUCAAGGAACAAGGUCACGCCAUCCCAGAACCAUCCGCACCUGGGGUUAGCUAUGCUCAGUAUUUGGAAGAGUUGUCAGGAAAAGAUCCUCAAGCAUUUAUUUGUCACUUCUACAACAUAUACUUUGCCCAUUCAGCAGGUGGGCGGAUGAUAGGAAAGAAGGUAGCUGAAAAGCUAAUUGACAAGAAGGAGUUGGAAUUCUACAAAUGGGAUGGUGAUCUUUCACAACUCUUGCAAAAUGUGAGGGACAAGCUUAAUAAAGUUGCUGAAAGUUGGACGAGAGAGGAGAAAAACCACUGUCUUGAAGAAACUGAGAAGUCAUUCAAAUUCUCAGGGGAAAUUCUCCGCUUGAUAUUGUCAUGAUGCCAUAAGUUGUACAUUUCACAGUAAAAAGCUAUCAUUGUAAUAUACCAUACAAUUCACUCUUCUCUUAAUAUACUGAACUUCAUCCUGCUCUCAUUAUGCAUGCCUGUUCACCCUUUCUUCAGCAAAUCAUCAUGCAUGAUAAUGGCUUAAUGGGCAUUGUUCUCUUAGCUGGAAUUUGUAUAUUAUUCAUGUUUGUGCAUUUGAAAAUGGAAGUGAAAAUUUUGAACACAAGCAGCCUGAUGGAUCAUUAUUGUCUAUGAUGAAGGGGCAAUGCUAUAUAUGUAUUCUGUUUUAGGAGUGAAGAGUCUUGUCAUACAAUAGUAAAGAAGACUCAGAUUGAAAGCAGCAACACUCUCGUAUCAUGAAUGGAUAUGGGGAAGGUGAUCGGCUCUGCUAAUGUUUAUUUCAUGUGUGUUCUUGUUGUCUUUGCUGGCAUCUCUUGGGGGGUUUUAUUCAGUUAAAGGCAGAAAGUUUUAUAUCACAAGAACUGGAAUCGACAGGGAAUUUCACAGCAACCAGUCCUUGAGAGUAAUCUCAUCUCAAAUUUGCAUUACUUUGCAGUUUGCAUUUCUCAGAUCUCAUUUCUUGUACAGAUGGAAUGUCCAGAUUACUCUAUUAGUAAGAAGUAAGCCCCUGCUCUAGGGGAUGGGGUGUUUGUAUUUAUUACUGUUUUCAGAAUGUAGGAGGAAUGGUAGAACUGAUUACAGAGUUUACCAAAGUUAAUUUCUUCAUCUGCAAAGUCCAAAAUUUGCAAUUUCUGUCACAUGGAAUCUGAUAACCUGUAUACGUUAUUUGUCU